UUUGUUUUGAGUUGUGAUUGAUAAACAAAGAAAUCAAUAUGUGAUUUCUUACAUAUUUUCUCUGUAGGUCUGUAACUAUGAAAUCAAUGAAUAUUCUCUCUUUUAUUUUUAUGCUUACCUAUUUACUCUUUUUGUUCUCCAAAGUCUCCCUUGCAGGAGAUAGAAUUACUCCAUCACAAAAUAUCAGCGGCGCAAGGACCUUAGUUAGCAAUAAUGGAAGCUUCGAACUAGGUUUCUUCAGUCUUGUUAAUUCCAAUAAUCACUACUUGGGAAUAUGGUACAAGAAGAUCUCAGUUAGAACUGUUGUUUGGGUUGCAAACCGACUCAACCCAAUCAAUGACUCGUCUGGCUUGUUGAUGAUAAACAGGACAGGCAGUCUUGUGGUUAUGAGUCAGAAUAAGAGUGUUGUUUGGUCAACAGGAUUAGGAGCACAAAAACAAGCCAACAAUCCUGUGUUACAACUCUUAGACUCAGGAAAUCUUGUAUUAAGAGAUGGAAAUUCGGAAACCUCUUUGUGGGAAAGCUUCGACCAUCCAUCUAAUACAUUGUUACCAGGAAUGAAGUUGGGAUGGGACUUGAGGAAAGGUAUUAACUGGAAUCUUACAGAAUGGACGAGUCCAGAUGAUCCAUCUCCUGGAGAUUUAACCUAUUGGAUAGAAAGGCAUUCAUACCCUGAUCCUGUUAUUAAGAAAGGAACCAACAAAUUUUACCGUACAGGCCCAUGGAACGGCCUUUGGUUCAGCGGUUCACGGGGUUUAAAUCCGGCUUAUGAUGAAUACUUCGUUUCUAAUGAGUAUGAAGUGUACUACACCUACACCCUCAAAAAUAAAUCUGAAAUCUCAAGAAUUGUUUUAAACGAAAUGAACACUUUUCUUGAGAGACACAUAUGGAAUGAAGCUAGUCAAAUUUGGCUCCGCUAUCCAUUACUACCUAGAGACCACUGUGACAAUUACGGCUUUUGUGGACCCAAUGCAAAUUGUAUCAUUGGUUAUAGUGGGUUUGCUAUCUGCCAAUGUUUACUAGGAUUCAAGCCCAAAUCACCAGAAAGAUGGAGCUUAAUGGAGAGGUCUCAAGGCUGUGUACUCAUUAAGCCACUGAGCUGCCAAAAAGAUGGGUUUAAUACAUAUUUUAAAUUGAAAUUGCCAGAUACUACAUAUUCUUGGGUAAAUAAAAGUAUGAGCCUCAACGAAUGUUGGGCUAAAUGCUUAAACAAUUGUUCCUGCAUGGCUUAUUCAAACUCAGAUAUCAGAGAAAGUGGCAGUGGCUGUGUCAUGUGGUUUGGUGAUCUAAUGGAUAUUAGACAGUUUCCGGUUGGCGGGCAAAAUCUAUAUGUCAGAAUAUCGGCUUCAGAAAUAGUGGCAAGAGAACAUGGUCGUUGGAUGAACAAAGCAUGGAGAGGUGUUGUUGCCGUUGCUGUAGUUGCUGUAAUGGUCGGAGUUGUCCUUUAUAUUUACAGAAGCAGAACAAACAUAAAAGAUAAAAUUGAAGCUUUUGUUUGCAAGCAAAGUUGGUUCUACAGAUUUAAAGGUGAAAAUAUUGAUGAAAUUACUUCUCAACAUGAGAUGCAACUAUCAAGUAUGAAUACAUCCAAUAUUGGAUCUACUACUAACAUUAAGUAGAGUCAGAUACAAUUUAUAUUAACUAUUUACUUAUUUUGGAUAAAAGUGACUUAAAUGGAGGUCAUAGAAGCCCAUUAAGGCUUAAAAGAUUUUGAAUUAAUUGAUAUAUUGAUAUAAUAUUAAGGCCUUAAAAAUGUUUUUCCAAUGUAUUAUCCACCCCACGACAAGUGUAUCAGUCUAUUUU